AUGCCGAUCCCUGUGGCUCGGCGUCUCCGGACUCACCUAGAACCCCGUGCGUGCUGCACGGUAUAUCAGAAAAAGUUCCAUGGUACCUAUGGUAUCUACGGAGUAGGGGCCGCAGAGAGGGACCGUACAGCGGUACCGAACGGAUGCGUAAAUUACAUCCGUGGAAAAACAUGCAUCGAACCAAGUUGCAUGGCCGUCUCGGAUCCGAGUCGGCCUUCGCUGCUCAAUGAGAUAUCACACUUCCAUGGCUUCUUCCCGACCCUAUUGAGGCCGGUCGCAGGCGGGGUCCGUUCGUAUAUUGGUUUGAGCUCUCAGAAAUCUUCCCCAUCUGGGCUCCAUUCGGCGCUUUUCCCCUGCAAUACGGGUCCCUUUCUGCCACCCCCUGACAGAACGGAAAAUGCUUCCUACCCCAGCGAAGUCGGUGUCAUAUACCGCGGUCAACGGCUAUCUCGCAUUGGCCUAGUGGGAUGUCGUACCGUAGGGGAUGAUGCUCAACCGCGGGAUAUGCAUCAAAGCCCUCAGUAUCUGCACCUAGCCCCUUCUGGGGCGGCGCGCAUUGAGGAUCUUGACGCGAAAAAGCAAAAGUUGUCGCUGAUCAACCAACGAAAGCAAGACACACAGCCACCGGGCUGAACGAGCCACAGUGACCCGUGGUUCAGAGUGCAGAGAUACGACCCAGGUGCAUCGCACGGUAUUGUCUCGGGCCCUCGGUAGGUAUCUGUCUGUCAGAGCCGUCAGGGAGGACGUACAUCACCUACACCCUGGGGCCUGAGCAUGGCGUCUGGUAAGCCGCAAGGUGCGGGUACUGAAUGGCCAGUUAGUACCUUCUGAGCCCUGCUACCCUCACCGCUCAUCCUCCGCUCUCUGACCCUGCUGCAAUGUGUGAAUGCCUGCCUGGAGAUAGAUACCUGCAGAUGAUGCGAUCCCGCGCC